UAUUAUCGUCGUUUGUGUAUCUCCAAUCGGAUCUCUGUUGCUCGUCCGGUCAACAAUAAUGAUUAAUUAAUUGUGAUGAUGAUUGUGAUUGUUUGCUGACCAAUUCUUUCUAACAGUGACUUUAAAUAGAUCAACAAACCUUGCAAAAUGCCUUUUAUGCAUAGUCGAGGUGCUGUUGCUCGAACAAUUGAGUAUUUGAGAAAGGGAGAAAUCUUCCUGGAACCACACAUAAAAAUUAUCAUGUUUGCAUUCAACUAUGACCAGAAGACCAAGUCAUCUCCACCGAGACACACUGGCUUAUAUAACUUCAUAUACUGGCACUUACCUCAAUUACAAUUCAAAAACCCUGAUGUCCAGAUGAUCACUCUCAAUAAAAUAACACCUCUUCCAUGGAUCAAGACAUAUUAUGAAAAUGACAGUUCAUUGCUGAUCGAUUGUGAUGGCAGAUCGAGGGAAGAUAUAUAUAAUCACGUUAAAAGAGUUCUUGGCAUGAAACAAAAAGAUAUAGCAUCGGAAGAGAUAGAGAAAGAGAUAGAGAGAAACAGGAGAGUUGCAUGUUUCGGAGAAGAAAGUGACAGGCACUGCAUUUGCGAGUUGCCUGGACAGGUUCCAUGCCCAGGGUGGCAACCCCUUCCUAAAGAACUCACAGGGAUAAGAAAAAAUGAUUGAUGAGUGAGGAUUCAUUCGUCCUGUUGCAAUUUUACUUUAACUCCGUUCUGUUGUAUAAUGAUAGUUCAAGUUAUGUUUGACUGUAUGCAGCUCAUGUUUGACGGCCUAAACUUGUUUACUCAGUCGAUAGUUUUGUUAUUGAACAAUCACGAACAUCACGAUGUUACGAAUUUGAAUCAGGUUGCGUGUAGAUUUAAUUUUGCUUAUUUUUUGUAUUUUUAAUUGUCUAUAGGUAUUUUUAAAACUAACAACCCAACCAUUUUUAAUUUAAACAAUAAAAUAUUGUUGAUUACAUAACAUUAAUCAAUGAAUUAUAUUAUAUGUUGGUAGGUUUCUUUGUGUGACAUGAGCUGUUGGUGUACAAUCUGUAAUAAAAUAUCGAAACCAUGUUCA